GUUGUUUCUUUGACCUUCCAGUACUUCCUGAUUGCACAUUACGUCACAUUGAUAAACUGUUUUAUUUCGACGAAGUUGAUAUGUAUGAGAUUAUGAUAUAUUUGAGUUGAAUUAACUAGAGGUUCUCCUGGUUCUUUUCGCUGAAUAACAACAUUGAAUGAGAGGUUACUUCUACAGUCAGUAGCAGUUAACGUACUGAUAACAUGCAGAACUACGGUAAAGCAAUAAAUACUUUUUUGGGACAAUAUCCGACGGGGAUCGCUCUUAUCACAGUCACAGGAGUGGGGCUCUUUGCUCUCCGUAAAUGGCUGGCUGGAGGGGUGUGUACGAGCAAAGCCCGGCUGGACGGGAAGACUGUCCUUAUCACCGGAGCCAACACUGGGAUUGGGAAAGAGACUGCAGUUGACAUGGCUAGCAGGGGGGCAAGGGUUAUUCUGGCCUGCAGGGACAUGACAAGAGCCAAUCAAGCUGCAGAGGGCAUCAGGAAGAGGAGUGGCAAUGGGAAUGUGAUUGUCAAAAAGUUGGACUUGGCAUCCCUACAGUCGGUGCGACAGCUAGCCAAGGAGAUCCUGGAAAGUGAAGAGAGACUGGACAUCCUUAUUAAUAAUGCAGGUAUCAUGAGCUGUCCAAAAUGGCAGACUGAAGAUGGCUUUGAGAUGCAGUUUGGUACCAACCACUUAGGCCACUUUUUAUUGACAAAUUGCCUUUUGGGUCUCCUUAAGAAAUCAGUCCCAAGCCGUAUUGUCAACGUCUCCAGUUUAGCUCAUGAAAAAGGCAAGAUCUAUUUUGAUGACAUAAACUUAGAUAAAGAUUACAGUCCAUGGAAAAGCUACCGGCAAAGUAAGCUAGCUAAUGUGCUCUUUACUAGGGAGCUGGCAACACGACUACAAGGAACUGGAGUAACUACAUAUAGCCUCCAUCCUGGAGUCAUCCGGACUGAGCUUGGUCGGCACUUCUGGCCCACCAUACCCCUGUGGAAAAGAGCCAUCUUCAAGACUCUUAGUUUUUGGCUCAAGUCCCCUAGAGAGGGAGCCCAGACCACCAUCCACUGUGCUGUAGAAGAAAGCCUGGCAGAUGUCAGUGGACUCUACUACAGUGACUGCGCCCCAAAAACUGUGGCCCCUCAGGGCCAGGAUGAUGCAUCUGCCAAGAAGCUGUGGGACCUGAGUGCCUCCAUGGUUGGUCUGGCAUGAUGGACCUGGUUACCACUAGGACUGGCCUAGCCUUUAGAAUGUUGACAUACAGUUGAAGUCAGAAGUUUACAUACACUUAGGUUGGAGUCAUUAAAACUCGUUUUUCAACCACUCCACAAAAUUCUUGUUAACAAACUAUAGUUUUGGCAAGUCGGUUAGGACAUCUACUUUGUGCAUGACACAAGUCAUUUUUCCAACAAUUGUUUACAGACAGAUUAUUUCAUUAAUAAUUCACUGUAACACAAUUCCAGUGGGUCAGAAGUUUA